GGGACGCGGAGCCCCGGGAGCUCUGGGCCGGGGCCAGCCGCCCCCGCGGAGCGCUGGCCGGGGCCUCGGCGCUGGGAGCCCCGGUGCUGGGCCGGGCCAGCGGUGGCUGCGGAUCUCAUCAGUGGUGGAGGCUGCCCGGGGGGACACCACGGGGGCCAGGGCCGGCCUUGCCGUGCAGGCAGAAAGCGUCCGGCAGCGGCAUGGCGGGGAUGGCACUGCCCCUCUGCCUGAUCCUCGCUGUCGCCCUGCAGGGCGGCCUGACCCGGGCACCGGCGCCCCCGGCCCGCCCCGGCCCCCUGCUCCUGCGGCUGCGGCGCCUGGAGGAGCAGUUUCUGCGGCUCCAGGAGGUGACCCUGAACCAUCUCCAGAGCAUCGCCAGCAACUACAACAUCUCCUACAACAUCGAUGGACGUUUCCAGGCGCUGGCGAAGCAGGCGGAGGCGGCCGACGCUGCCCGGGCCGCCCUGGGUGCCGAGCUGGCCCGCCUGGCCACCGCUGGCCGGCGGCUACGCCGCAGGCUGAAGAGGCUGGAGGGGACAGUGGGUGCCCUGAGCCCCCCACACGGCCUGCUCACCCACCCACCGCCCGCGCCGGUGGAGGCUGGCAGCAAACCGCACGGUCUGCCAGAGGCUGCGCGGAGCCGGGGCAGGCAGCUGGAGCAGCAGCCCCCGGGGCAGGCUGCCCGCAGCACCCCCAGCCCUCGCCCCCCGAAGACGAGGCGGUGGCAGCAGCAGCGGCAGGAGGAAGGGCACUGGCUGCCCGCUGAGGCCGGGCCUGGCGGAGCGCCCGGGGAGGAUGAGGAGAGCCCUCGGGAUGCAGCACCAGCCCCCCAGGCCGUGGCAGCGGGGCUCCACGCCGUAACCGCGGUGCCCCAGGAGCAGCCCCCAGCCCCCCGGCAGCCGGGAGAGGGCAGGCACGGCCCCCCUGCCCCGGUGCCCACCUCCCCCGCCUGUCGCGCCGGUGCCGUCCUGCUGUUCCCCGACACCUCGGCUGAGCACGGGGCCGUCCUGGGGCUGGGGCCACACCGGGGGCUGCGGGCGAUGUCGCUCUGUGCCUGGCUGGCCACCCCAGCCCCUCGCCUCGGUGCUCUCCUCUCCUACGCCGCCGAGCACGGGCACAGCGAGCUGGCCGUGCAUGGCCACGGUGGGGAUCGCCCUGGCUCCGCACGUUUCAUCCUGGGGCACGGGCAUUUUCGGGAGCUCCCGGUGGCGCCGCUCCUGGAUGGCAAAUGGCACCACCUGUGCCUCACCUGGUCCUCCGGCCGGGGCCAGUACCGCUUCUACGUGGACAGGAGGCUGCUGGCUGCCGGCUCCGCCUUCCAGCAGGGCUAUGAAAUUCCCGCUGGCGGCUCGCUGGUGCUGGGCUGGGGACAGGACGGCACCAACAUGGAUUUGAGCACCGGAGAGGCUUUUGUGGGUCACCUGGCUGGCCUUGCUCUCUGGAGACGGGCUCUCCUGCCCGGGGAGGUGGCCAGAAUGGCGACCGGGCGGGGGCUGCCCCGUGGUCCCCUCCUCACGCUGGCCGAUGCCUCCUUGCGGGGCGGGGUGCGGAGGGUGGCCUGUCCCUGCCUCCAGCGCUGCCUUUGACGAGGCUGACAGCAGGAAUGGUGGCGGCUACCAGCGAUCACGGCUGGCUCACGGUGCCGCUCCCGACACGAGCUGAAUCCUCCCGGGAUGAUGGGACACCCAGCAGGGAGGGCGUCUCAGGACCGGCACCACCGGGGGAGGGAAAGGGAAAGGGGUCUUGGCAUUCAGUACGGCAGAGACAGGACCAAAUGCAGAAGCCCUAGAGGAUGUAGAGGCCACGGUUUCUAUUAAAAUGCUCCUAACAUUAGAGAAACCAAAUUUAUCUCUGUCCUGCUCUUUGGCUGCAGCGCUCGGUGCUGCUCACAGCCGGGCAGGAGCUGCUCAGCCCGGGCAGCCCGAGCGGGUGGCGCGGCUCGUUCCCUGCCGCGGAGUCAGA